AUGACCAACAAAACCCUGAAACUGUUCGUAACAAAUGCCUUUGGGCUAAUGAGUAAGUUAGAUGAAUUCCGCCAUGUGCUCCAUGCUGAAUCCCCAGAUGUUGCCAUAGUAACAGAGUCUAAGCUGUCAGAGGCUGUGACUCAAGCAGAGUUGACACUCUCUGGCUUCUACCAGCCUCUGAGACGCGACCGAAACCGCCAUGGUGGCGGGGUGGAAGUUUGGGUGAAGGCCACGCUAGCCAUGAACGAACUGAAUACCAUUGAUGUCUUCGGCCAGGAGCUAGUAUGGCUAAACGUCAAACUGUCAACUGGCCGGCCUGUGGCUAUAUGUGCUGCUUACCGUCCUGGAACGUGCUCAGACACAGACACCAGCAUCUUCGACGUGAUCUGCAGGGGCCUCACCUCCACAGCCUGCCGCAACUCUGCUGUGAUAGUUGCUGGAGACUUCAAUGUACAUAACCAAGAGUGGCUCCACAGUAGCAGAACAACUAGAGCCGGCGAGCAUGCAGAGGACAUGUGCUACAUGCACGGUCUUGAGCAGCUAGUCGACCAACCAACGUGUGGCCGCAACACACUGGACCUGAUUAUGUCCGACCUACCCGUAGAAUCAUUGGCUACUGUCUUGCCACCUCUUGGCAAAUCUGACCAUGCCUGUAUACUUGCUGACUUCCAGAUCCGUGCAUCACGCGAGCCUCCCAUAUCAAGAACAGUAUGGAGGUAUCAGCAUGCUGAUUGGGCCAGGCUCCGUCACUUCUUCAGAACCACCAAUUGGGCAGCUAUUGCUCGGACUGAUCCAGACCUGUCAUGCACUGGCAUCUCAGAGAGGAUCCUGGAGGGUAUGAAGAGAUUCAUCCCCUCUAAAAUUCUGAAAACCCGAGCAUCAGAUCCUCCAUGGUGGACCCCUGAGUGCACUGCUGCCACAGUGAGGAAACGACGUGCAUGGAGGUGCCUGAGAGACGACCAGUCUGACCACGAUCGGCAGUCAGCCUACCAAGAUGCACGGCUCUCAACGAUUGCCUGUCUCAAAACUGCCAAGAGUGCUUUCAUGGCGAAACUGAGACAGAAAAUGACCUCAAAGCAGCUGCCACCCAGUGACUGGUGGCGCACCGUCAAGCGUGCCUCUGGCAAUGGGCGUAGUCAAUCUGUUCCGACAUUACGUGAUCCCAAUGGACGAGAGUACACAGCCAGCGCAGACAAAGCAGAAUGCAUGGCCCGCUAUUUUGCAAGCAAAUGCAGUCUCGCACAAGAUGACCUGUCCGCCCCAUUCCCAUAUGUCAGACCUCGAACUGACCAGGCUCUUUCGGACGUCCGUUUCCGCGUCGCUGCUGUUGAACGCACCCUUCGCCAGCUCAACCCAUCAAAGGCAACCGGGCCGGAUAGGAUACCGGCACGAGUGUUGAAAGCCUGCUCUGCUGAACUGGCGCAACCGCUUUCCAUACUGUUUACCCAAUUCAUUUUCAUGCUAUAA